ACCAGAACUAGAAGAAGAAGAGAUGGGCAUAGCCUCAUUCAAACUCCUCCCAACUCCAACAACAACCUCAAAGCUCAAAGCUUUACCAAAAACCCAUCAUCAUGGUCAGCCUGGUGGCCGUUGUUCCACAGCCCAAAACCCUUUCUUUAUCUGCCCUCCCUUCUUCUCGCUCUGACUUCAAUGGCACCAAAUUAGCUGUCUCAUCUGUCCAGUAUAAGAGGAAGGUAUGGCAGCCAAAAGGGGCACUGCAGAUUUCUGCAAGUGCCAAGAAGAUCCUUAUAAUGGGAGGCACCAGAUUUAUUGGUAUCUUUUUGUCUAGACUUCUUGUGAAAGAAGGCCACCAGGUUACGCUGUUCACAAGAGGAAAAGCCCCGAUUGCACAGCAGUUGCCUGGAGAAUCAGACAGUGACUUUGCUGAUUUUUCCUCCAAGAUAUUGCACUUGAAGGGAGACAGAAUGGACUUUGAUUUUGUUAAGAGCAGUCUCGCUGCUAAAGGUUUUGACGUUGUGUAUGACAUAAAUGGACGUGAAGCAGUUGAAGUGGAACCCAUAUUGGAUGCAUUGCCUAAUCUAGAACAGUACAUAUACUGCUCUUCAGCUGGUGUUUAUCUCAAAACUGACUAUUUGCCGCACUAUGAAACUGAUGCUGUUGACCCGAAGAGCAGGCACAAGGGAAAGCUCGAGACAGAGAGCUUAUUGACAUCGCGAGGUGUUAAUUGGACUUCGAUAAGACCAGUCUAUAUCUACGGGCCCUUGAACUACAAUCCUGUUGAAGAGUGGUUCUUUCACAGGCUGAAAGCAGGUCGCCCAAUCCCAGUUCCCAACUCUGGAAUGCAAGUAACGCAGCUCGGUCACGUGAAGGAUCUUGCAACAGCCUUUAUUAAGGUUCUUGGUAAUGAAAAAGCAAGCAAACAGGUGUUUAACAUAUCUGGAGAUAAAUAUGUUACCUUUGAUGGAUUAGCAAAGGCGUGUGCAAAGGCCGGUGGAUUCCCCGAGCCUGAGAUUGUUCACUACAACCCUAAGGAGUUUGAUUUUGGUAAAAAGAAAGCAUUUCCAUUCCGUGACCAGCAUUUCUUUGCAUCAAUCGAGAAGGCGAAGAGCGUGCUGGGAUGGAAACCAGAGUUCGACUUGGUGGAAGGUCUCACGGACUCUUACAGCCUAGACUUUGGCCGCGGAACCUUCAGGAAAGCGGCUGAUUUCUCAACAGAUGACUUGAUUCUUGGAAAGAGCCUUGUUCUGCAGAGCUAAGGCCUUCUUCACUUCUGUUCUUGCAUUUUAGCUUGUAUCGAUUUCCUGAGCUAAGUUCAGUAGUUGUUGCCUUGUUGGUAGGGUUUGUUUUCAUUGUAAGAUUCAUGAGAAAAAACUGAGAAUGUUUCCAUCUGCAAAUCUUAAGAAGAUUGAAAUGAGAAGAACAAAUGGUUCUGCAA